AUGAUAAUUGGACGUGAGCACGAGUACCGUCUUCUAGAGACGUUCCUCACCCUGGAUCCAAAAACUCUGGCCCAAUGCGUCGUCGUCAACGGCUACCGGGCCCAGGGCAAAUCGCAUACUCUCCGCCAGUUUCUCAGCACAUUAGAGGGUGUUACAGUGGUGUCUGAGCCGUGCGAUCUUGCCAUCAAAAUAAGAUUUGUAUGCCAACGGCUAUUGCGCCAAGUGAACGGAAACAUCGCCCAAAACUGCGAUACCGUGGCCACAUUCAUCGGCCUCUUCCGCCAGGCGACCAAAGACCUACCCCACGUCAUCAUUGUCUUGGAACGGCUCGACCAGUGCAUUGAGGACCCCGAAUCAUACUACUCUGGGUUCGCUAAGUUGCGAGAAUUCCUCCCCAAUGUGUCAGUGGUGAUGGAGGUCCAACUGCCGCCAUGGGCCCUUGCGUCGAUCGCAGAGGCAGUCAACAUCCAUUUCCCUACUUACUCGGAAGAGAUGGUGGUGGCCAUCCUUCAGAGUAUCCCCGAUAUCGUGAAAACCCCCAACCAGCAUUAUAACACGUUCAUCGAGUAUAUCGUCUACUACUACGACGCCAUCACCGGCUCCGACGUCGAGCUGCUCAUCUCCAUUGCCCGCCACUUGUGGCCCAAGAUCGACUUCGCCAAUAUCGACCUGAACAAUACCUUUUUACGGUGGAUACGAGACCACGCCCUGCUAUUUGAGAAGAUGGGGGUCGUCGACGAUAAUGUCGUGAUUGAAUACGGUACGUUUGAAGAGGAAAUACCCACUGAAGGCAGCGACAACAUCGAUGACUUACCGCUCUACUCCAAAUUCAUUUUAAUCGCGCUGUUCUUAGCGCUGUACAUUGACCCUAAAAAUGACCUUAUCUUCUUUUCUCGUCACAACGUCAAGAAGAACAAACGAUUAUCAAGACGAGGUAACGAAAACGUUCUUCAAACGAGAGUGCAACAGGCUAACUUCUUCGACUUGGAAAGAAUGAUUGCCAUUUUAUCUACAAUCUUCCGCCUGUACCUUUCGUCUAAGGAUGAGCUUGCAGACACUUACAACGUGUACGACGACAUCGAACACCGCGAUCGCGAGCGGUUGCUGGAGAUCGAGUCGUUUACCCUUGCCGCCAACAUUGACUUGAAUAACCAAUUGGCGACGCUUUUGUCGCUUGGUUUGCUUGUCAAAUCACAAAACUCGGACAUUUUGGGGGCAAAAGUGCGGUGGCGGACAUCACUCGACUUCCCAAAAGCGCUAAAGCUCGCUGCCGAUGUCGAGUUCGACUUGGGCGAGUACUUCCCUAAUGCGUAA